AUGGCGAGCACGAUAGCAUCAGAAUAUUCGAACGAGGUCAAGAAUGUGCCAAUUGAACACCAGUUCAACCCUUACUCCGACAACGGUGGUACAAUCUUGGGAAUAGCUGGCGAGGAUUUCGCCGUUUUGGCGGGAGAUACAAGACACACGACAGAUUACUCGAUCAAUUCGAGAUACGAGCCCAAAGUGUUUGACUGUGGGGACAACAUUUUGAUGUCGGCAAACGGGUUUGCCGCAGACGGAGUGGCGUUGGUAAAAAGGUUCAGAAAUAGUUUGAAAUGGUACCAUUUCGAUCAUAAUGACAAGAAACUGUCGCUACAAUCGGCAGCGAGAAGCAUCCAGCAUUUACUUUACGGGAAAAGGUUUUUCCCAUACUACGUGCACACGAUGAUUGCUGGGCUAGACGAGGAAGGUAAAGGAGCCAUUUACUCUUUCGACCCAGUCGGUUCUUACGAAAGAGAGCAGUGCAGUGCUGGUGGCGCCGCUGCGCCACUGAUCAUGCCGUUCUUGGACAACCAAGUCAAUUUCAAGAACCAAUAUCAACCAGAUAGCCAAGGAACGAAGCGUCGCGACAAAAAAUAUUUGAACAUCGACGAAGUCAUCAAGCUUGUGCGCGACGCGUUCACGUCGGCCACAGAGAGACACAUUCACGUUGGUGACGGGCUGGAAAUACUGAUUGUCACAAAGGAAGGUGUGCGCACGGAGUACUACGACUUGAAAAAGGACUGA